CCUAAAAAUGAACAUUAGGCCUAGUUACUAUUAGGUGGCCUAAUGCUCAGCUUCUUCUUCCACUCCCUUUUUUCUCUACUUCCUACUCUCACUUCGCCUUAACUGCGAUCGAUCGUACUUCUCCUCUGCGCGGUUGAGCCCCCAUGGCUCCUAUCCCUCUCCUCAUCUUCAUCCCCCUCCUCCUCUCUCCCUCCCCCGUAUCCGCUUGGAAGAAAGACGAGUUCCGCAACUGCAACCAAACACCCUUUUGCAAGCGCGCUCGCUCCCGCACUCCUCACUCUCUCCCCCGUCUCAUCGUCUCCGAUCCCUCAAUUUCCGAGGGUCACCUCACUGCCCACCUCCUACCUUCCAUCCCCUCCGCCGAAGAUGUUUCCGCCGGUGAUCUCCCUCGCCCUCUCCUCCUCCGCCUCUCGGUCUACCAGAACGGUAUUCUACGCCUCAAGAUCGACGAAGACUACUCUGCUCCCUCCGCUCCUUCGAAACAACGGUUCGAGGUUCCCGAUGUCGUGCUCACCGACUUCGAAGACCGCCGCCUAUGGCUCCCCCGGGUAUCUUCCUCUGAGGACGGCUCGAUUUCUUCCCUUUAUUUGUCGGACGAGUUUGAGGCGGUGUUACGGCAUGAUCCUUUUGAGAUCCAGGUCCGACGGAAAGGAUCCAAUAUUCCAAUAAUAUCGUUAAACUCAUACGGGCUAUUCGAAUUCGAGCAGCUCCGGGAGAAGAAAGAGGGAGAGGAUUGGGAGGAACGAUUUCGAGGACAUACCGAUACUAGGCCGCAUGGUCCUCAGUCGAUAAGCUUUGAUGUUUCGUUUCAUGGGGCAGACUUUGUGUAUGGAAUCCCUGAGCACGCCUCUACUUCGUUGGCCCUUCGUGCUACUAGAGGACCUGGUGUGGAGCAUUCUGAACCCUAUAGGCUUUUUAAUCUUGAUGUUUUCGAGUAUCUACAUGAUUCACCUUUUGGGAUAUACGGGUCCAUCCCAUUCAUGCUCUCGCAUGGGCUGAAGGGGUCCUCUGGAUUCUUUUGGCUUAAUGCCGCUGAGAUGCAGAUUGAUGUGCUUGCCCCUGGAUGGGAUGAUUCGGCUGCUCCAGAGAAGGGUAGGAUUGACUCUUUUUGGAUGAGUGAGGCAGGGAUUGUGGAUGCUUUCUUCUUUGUAGGCCCGGGGCCUAAGGAUGUUCUUCAACAAUAUGCCAGUGUGACUGGAACUCUGGCAAUGCCGCAGGAGUUUGCCAUCGCUUACCACCAAUGUAGAUGGAAUUACAGAGACGAGGAUGAUGUUGCUGCUGUUGAUGCUGGUUUUGAUGAGCAUGACAUACCUUAUGAUGUACUGUGGCUUGACAUUGAGCACACUGAUGGGAAAAGGUAUUUCACUUGGGAUAGAGUUUUGUUCCCUAAUCCAGAGGAGAUGCAGAAGAAAUUGGCAGCAAAAGGGAGGCAUAUGGUUACUAUUGUAGACCCUCACAUCAAGAGAGAUGAUUCCUACUAUGUGCAUAAGGAGGCUACAGAUAAGGGUUAUUAUGUGAAGGAUGCAACAGGGAAGGACUUUGAUGGCUGGUGCUGGUCAGGUUCGUCAUCAUACCCAGAUACAAUUAACCCGGACGUUCGGGAGUGGUGGGCUGAGAAAUUCUCAUUCAAGAACUAUAGGGGUUCAACACCGUCUUUGUAUAUAUGGAAUGACAUGAACGAGCCUUCAGUCUUCAACGGCCCUGAGAUAUCAAUGCCAAGAGAUGCUUUACAUUUUGGAGGAGUUGAGCACCGGGAAUUGCAUAAUGUCUAUGGGUACUACUUUCUUAUGGCCACAGCUGAUGGACUAUUGAAGCGAGGCAAUGGAAAGGAUCGCACUUUUGUUUUAUCUCGAGCUUUUUUUGCUGGGAGCCAACGGCAUGGCGCUAUCUGGACAGGAGAUAAUUCUGCUGACUGGGAUCAUCUAAGAUCUUCAGUUCCAAUGAUUUUGACCCUGGGGCUUACUGGAAUGUCAUUCUCAGGUGCGGAUGUUGGUGGGUUUUUUGGCAACCCCGAACCUGAGCUGUUGGUGCGUUGGUACCAGCUGGGUGCUUACUAUCCUUUUUUUAGAGCUCAUGCGCAUCAUGACACCAAGAGAAGGGAACCUUGGCUUUUUGGUGAGAGGAGAACCGCUUUGAUUAGGGAAGCAAUACACACAAGAUAUUCAUUGUUACCAUAUUACUACUCCCUAUUUAGAAAGGCUAGUGUAAGCGGUAUCCCCAUAUUGCGGCCUCUAUGGCUUGAAUUCCCCGAGGAUAAAGAAACAUUUGACAAUAGUGAGGCCUUUUUGGUUGGUGAAAGUAUCCUAGUCCAGGGAAUAUAUGAAGAGGGCCAAAAAUCCGUGUCAGUUUAUUUGGCUGGGGAGCAGCCUUGGUAUAGCAUGAGAAAUGGAGCCGCAUAUUCUGGAGGCCAGAUCCACAAACUUGAGGUUGUUGAAGACAGCAUACCCAGUUUCCAGAGGGCAGGUUCCAUUGUCCCUAGAAGAUACAGGUUCAGACGUAGCACAACACAAAUGACAGAUGAUCCCUAUACUCUGGUAAUUGCACUCAAUAGUUCUCUAGCCGCAGAAGGCGAGCUUUACAUCGACGACGGCAAGACUUACGAGUUCGAGCAGGGCGCAUACAUCCACCGUCGAUUUGUUUUCUCUAACAGCAUCCUGACCUCAUAUAACAUGCAUUCCAUCCCACCCGAAGCGAAGAAAUUCUCUUCAAAUGCCACCGUGGAGCGGAUCAUUAUUCUCGGACUACCAUCGGCCCCAAAAAAAGCAGUGAUCGAGCCCGGCAAUCAUGAAACCGACAUCGAGCCCGGCCCGCUCGCACUUAGAGCGGGCGCAAGCCCAGUUGCUCUUGUGAUACGAAAGCCCAAUGUCCGCAUUGCCGAUGACUGGACCAUCAAGGCCUUGUAGGUUUCUAUGGAUGGUUUCGACGUGAAUUAUUUGUAUCAUUUUCGGCGAGUGCGGCAGGAAUUUUGUUUUAAUUUGCAUUUUUUUUUUAAUUUAGUGAUCAAAAUGGGCUGAGAAGUGUUUAAUCUUAUGAUUGACGUUAUGUUCCCAUCGUGUUUCGGGUAAUUUAAUAACAAUUUUAUAUGUACAGCAGCUGUCUAAAUGGCUGCUGAUCUGCAUGAAAAUUGUUGCUUUCGGGGCUUCUUUGACAAAAGUUUGCGAUCAGCAACAAAUAUACUUGUUUCUCUGAAAUCUAAACCAUUACUCGAGGCAAAAAACUUUC